AUGAGUGCUAAACGCAAACGUGUCGUUGUGUCGCUAGAGACUAAACUAAAUGCGAUACGUCGUCUGGACAAUGAUGUUGUCUACUGGGUGUCAGAAGCUUGGGAUAACGUUAGGGAGGACACUAUAAGAAGGUCAUGGCGCAAACUUUUCGGAAUUGAAAAGGCAAGCCGCCAAGAGACAGCUGCUCCUGAAAACCAGCCAAGAGCAUGUCCUCCUGAAAAUGAAGAGCUUGUGAAUCUUUGUAACCACCUUCCAGUGGCUGAGCCCAUCAGUGCAGAGGACAUCAGUGAAUGGAUCAAUGGAGAUGAGGAUCAGGCCCUAACUGAUGACGUGAUUAUCCAGAUGCUCAACCAACCAGAAGAUGAUGACAACGAUGAACCUGAUGGGGCGACUGAGAAAAUAUCACAUACAGAAGGUCUAAGAACGAUCGAGGGAGCACUGGCAUACAUUGAACAACAAGAAACCGCAACAACAAACGAUUUAGUUUGGCUGCGACGCUGGCGCAACAGGGCGGCUAGCCUAAGUUUCCUCAAAUUUAAAAAUUUUUGGUGCGAAUGGGAAAGGGAGGCCGCUGUUCGAAAGGCCACCGGUAGAGUCGUCUGCGCCGCGUUCGAGAGUCCUCAUUGGGACCAAAACGGCUUGGGGGCCUGGGGAGGCAGAUACAAGAUCAGCCAGGGCUCGAUUUCCCCAUGCGGUUCAAAACCCCCGGCCGCCGAGCUUAACGCCCCAAAACCCACUCUGUAUCAGUCGGCCAACACACCACACAAGAACCCAAAGGGCAAAACCCCACACACAACGGACAACACAGACACCCAGAUGCCAUACAAGUGUCAUGCUACAAUGCUACACACCCGUUGUACAUUUACUUUCAACUGA